AUGCCGCCCGCGCCCGAUCACGUCGUCGACGUCAUCGAGAUGCUCGACGACGACUCCCUCGCGAUGGACGCCGCGGGCGGCGCGAGAUCCGCGUCGCGCGGCGGCGGCGCGACGCGCGCCCGCGCCGCCGCGUCCGCCCUCGGCGCUCUCGACGAGACGACAGGGACGGCCACCGCGGCGGAGGAGGAGGAAACCCUCGCGGCGGCGACGACGACGACGACGACGACGACGACGACGACGCGCGCGAUCUUCGCGCGGACGACGAACGCGCCCCCGAACGCGGCGUGGGUCGCGCCGGGCGACCCCAUCCCGCGCGCGCCGUCGCCGUCCGCGUGGAACCACCACCUCCGCGCGUCCGUCACCGCGACCGUGGACGCGCUCUGGCAGGAGCGACCGCCGCGACUGUUGACCUACUCUCCGUCCGCGCUCCACACGCUCGGAUGGCUGCCGUUCUUGACGUCGUGGCGAAACCUGCGCGUCACCGCGUUCGCGUCGUGGACGCUGCACGCGCAGUCCGCGUGCCUCGUCGCGUGGACCGCGGCGUUGCACGUCACGCGCGGGCUGGGCGUGCCGCAGUCUCAGCAGCGGCACUUUUGCGCGAUUUUUUCAACCUCCUACCUCGGCUCUCUGUCCUCGUUCGGCGUCAUCACCACGCUCGUUCUGGGUCUGUUCAUAUCGCUCGUCGUGCAGAGGUGGUGGGAGGUCAGGACGCAGUACGCGACGAUGCACAGCGCGAUAAUCGACGUCGCGGUCGCGUUCACGUCGUCGACGCGGCGUAUACGGCGGAGGGCGCGUCCGGACGGCGACGGCGAGGAGGUCAUCACCUUCAACACCCACGACGACGACGACUCCACCGUCAAAGAGUUCCUCAGGCUCCUGAACCUCACGCACGUCCUGUUCCUGUCCCAGGCUGGGGACAUGGAGCACACGGUCGACGCCGCGAAGGCGUUGCGAGGGUGCUCGCUCGCGCGGCCGUGGGACUGGCACGCGUUCGCGGCCAAGCUGAGCGCCGUGAACGCGUCCGCGGGGAGAGUCCUCACCUACCUCGCGUCUCAGCUCCCGUACACGUACGUGAACCUCGUGUCGUUCGUCUCGCACGUGUACCUGUUCGUCCUCGCGACGUGGUUCGGUUUCAUGCUCUCGAGCGGGCUGAAUCAGCUCGCGGUGGAGGGUCGCGGGACGACGCGGCUGGCGCGUCCACGUUUACACUGGUCCCCAUACGACCCCGUUCGCGUGGUGAACGCCGUUCCUUAA